GUUUUGUGUGCCUGAAAGAUGCUGCUCUAGACUUCGUCAGUUCACAGGACGAAAUCCCUGAAACCAGGGGCAUUAACAAUUUUAGUUCUCACGUUGAAGUCAGUAGCCUAAAGCCACGCCGAACACAGAAGACAUAGGUCUCUCUUUCUCUCCGAGAUUCUUCUCCGGUUCCCGGAACUCCAAUUGGUACAGUAACCCCGUCUCCACCGAACGACAACGCACUGAAGCAAAUUCUUUUUCCUCAAAACCCUACCAAACAAACCACUAAUCCCAUCCAAAUCCCUUUUCCAUGGAAGAAGAGUUCGACCACGCUAUUCUCACCCGCCGCUAAUUCUAUCCCGUGCCUCACCUGCAUUCUUCUCGACUGGUUACUUCACUUUUAGAGGUCUGCAUUGUGGUCAUUAGUUGGGCAAACUAUUGUCAGCAUCAAUGGGCAGUACAUUCAAUCCACAGAUUUUAGUGGAAAAGCUAGCCAAGCUCAACAACUCACAAGCUAGUAUAGAGACUCUAUCACAUUGGUGUAUAUUCCAUAUGAAUAAAGCAAAACAAGUAGUCGAAACAUGGGAUCGUCAGUUUCAUUGUUCUCCACGCGAGCAGAGAUUGGCCUUUCUAUAUCUUGCAAAUGACAUAUUGCAGAAUAGUAGGCGAAAGGGUUCAGAGUUUGUUGGUGAAUUUUGGAAGGUUCUUCCAGAUGCUCUUCGUGAUGUGACUGAAAGUGGGGAUGAGUUUGGAAGGAAUGCUGCACUUCGACUGAUUGGUAUAUGGGAAGAAAGAAAAGUUUUUGGUUCUCGGGGGCAAAUUCUUAAGGAAGAGCUUGCGGGUAGGCACCUGGAAAAUAGUAAUAGAAAUGGAAAGAAUUUGAACUCGAAACUGAGACCAUCUGCUGGAAAUAUAUUGGAAAAAAUAGUUUCGGAUUAUCAUGUCGUUUAUGGUGGCCAGUUGGAUGAAGACGGUAUAUUGAGCAAAUGUAGGAAUGCUAUUAGCAGUCUUGAGAAAGUAGAUAAGGAAAUUGGUAGUGAUAUUAAUUCAGGGAAAUUCCAUGGAUCUGCAUUUGUGGAGGAGCUGCAGGGGCAGCAUGCUGUAUUGAGGGACUGUAUUGAACAACUAACGGCAGUUGAGUCAUCAAGAACAAGUCUUGUGUCUCAUUUAAGAGAAGCUCUCCAGGAGCAGGAAUUCAAGCUGGAUCAAGUCCGAAACCAACUUCAGGCUGCGCAGUCCCAGUCACAACAGGCAGGUAAUAUCUGCCAACAGUUACUAAGUAGAGACAAAGUUCAGUCACUAACUGAGCAGAGUCCAAAGGAAGCCCAAACCCCCGUAGCACCUCACAACUUUAUAUCGGGGGAUAGGGAACAAUCUGCUCCAGUAAUGUACACACGGCAGGUUUCCUUUCCUGAAAAAUCUGGCCACAUUGAGGACGAUCCGCGCAAGUCUGCUGCUGCUGCAGUGGCAGCAAAGCUAACUGCAUCAACAUCCUCGGUCCAGAUGCUGUCAUAUGUUCUAUCCUCCCUUGCAUCAGAGGGUGUCAUAGGCAAUCCAGUGAAAGAAUCCUCCAGUGAAUACCCUUCCGAAAAGAGGCCUAAGCUCGAUAACGACCAAUCCUCGUACAUACCAUCUCAAAAUCUUCAACAACCACCGGUUCCUCCUUUCCCUCAUCCUGACUCUAUCCAACACAAUAUGUCUACCACCAGCCAACAGUUUACUCCACAUGAGCCACCACCUCCACCCUCAUCAUCUCCUCCACCGCUGCCACCGCUACCACCUAUGCCACAAUACCAGGUGCCCCAGUUCAUGCAGACUGCUGGAUCAAUAACUAGUGGACCAUACAGCUAUGGCAUGGCCCAACAGCACCCACCUUCAAUGCCUGGUUAUCAGACAAUUGGGGCGCCAAUAAAUGGGAUUUCUCCCUUUACAACACCUCCUACAAAUUCUUACCAGGGUUUUCAGGGUCCUGAUGGUAAUGUCUACAGCCAAUCAUCAUCCAUGCCAAUGGCACCAAUUUCUCGACAAUAGAAUUCCCAGUUGUAGUGGUGCGUGGAAUGAAGAAGGUUUUGCUGUGGACAUAAAGACUUUGUAUUAAAAAAAUAAUUAUGUAGCUUCUGUCUCCCUGCACCUGGAUUCUUGGUGAUGUGUUUUUGAUUCUUACACCUAAUUAGAGUUGCACAUAGUGACUGCUUGUAACCUAUAUUUUCAAUUGCUAAAGUUUAUGGAGUUAGAAAGAGUUUCAAUGGAUUA